AAGAAUCAUUAGAUGUCAUUUGUUCUGCAUCAGUUGUUUAUCUGGUGAUUGUUGAUAAUACUUUAAGUGAAUAUGAAGAUAUUAGAGAAUUGGCAGAGUGUACAGUUAAAAAAGCAUUGGAAGGAAUAAGUAAUUCUAAUAGAAGAGAUAAAGUAUUAAGAAUUCUAUCACAGUUUUGGUAUGUUAGUUGUGAAAUGUCAGCUCAGAAGAGUGAUAUCAUAGGAUUUGCUAUUCUUGAGAUGUUGAGGGUUUCUGCUCUCUCUCAGCUAUAUGUAGCUAUGGAAAAUGUAUACAAAAGUGUUAAAGAUUUGAAUGCAAUUAUAGCAUUGAAUAUG